AACAGAGCUUCGGAGGGCGUCCCAGGCCAUAGCUUCAGAUGAAGAAAUCUCCGAUUUACACAACGUGUCUGACUCCUCUGCUUUUGCCUAUUUGCUAUUGUCGUAUAAUUCUGCUCCUUCUCCCCCUCAUCCAACUAGAGAUAAAACCAGACACACCGAGAAAGUGAAAAUGUCGAGCUCAGUGGAGAACGAGGGUGCAAGAGAGGAAGCUGUUUCCGUGGAACUCUCUGCUCCUCCUGGUUGGAAGAAGAAGUUCUUUCCCAAGCAAGUUGGAACCCCAAAGAAAAAUGAGAUCAUAUUUACAUCACCAACAGGAGAGGAAAUUGUCAGCAAACGACAGCUGGAACAGUACCUGAAAGCACACCCUGGUGGUCCUGCAGUUUCGGAAUUUGAUUGGGGUACUGGUGAGACCCCCAGGAGAUCAGCAAGGAUUAGUGAGAAGGUUAAGGCAGCUCCACCACCAGAAAGUGAGGCCCCAAAGAAACGGAGUAGAAAAUUGUCAGCUUCGAAAAAGGAUAACAAAGAAAAAGAAGCUGUAUCUGAAGGAGCCGAGGAGACAAAAGAAGAACACAUGCAAGAUGCAGAGACAGAAAAGGAUGUCCUGCAGAAAAAUAAACGUGACGAUAAAGCAAAAGAUACAGAGACCCAAAUUGAGCCAGCUCCUAUAGAAGGUAAAGAUGGACAAGAAGUUGAUAUACCUAAUGAUGCUGGGGAAAGCAAGAAAAUUGCUGAAGCAGCGCUUGAUAUUCCGAAAGGGACAAAUGAUGGAAAGGAAGCCAAGGAUUCUGAAGUAACUCAAAAUGAAAAUGCAAAGUUGGAGGGUGCAAACAAUGUAGAGAAGGCACAGCAACCACAGGUUGAGGUAGAGAAAGUGGAUGGGUCUUGGGAGCAGGACAAAACUGACGCCGUUUCUGCUGAUGCUAAAAAAUAUGAAUCUGGAGGAGAAACCAAGGAAAAUUCAGGGAAAGGUGACAGUGGUGGGCUCAAUGCAGAUGUUCAUGACAAAAAGGGUAAGGUUGAAGGAGAAGUUAUUGAAAAUGGCAGCCAUGGCAGUGAGGUUCGUGAGGUCAAGCCUUGAGUUUGAAGUAGAUUAACUGGAUGCUGGCUUCUCUUCUUAAUUCUGUGGGAAUAUGACUAUAGUUUAAAGUUAUUGAUGCUGUUUAAUGUUAGCUGUCUGAUUGUUCGUUGGGACAUCUCUGUCUAUAUAAUCGCUGAUUAGGCCUAUAAUGUACCAUCUCUUGUACCGAUAAACUUUUAGCUUGCAGUGACCUUUGUAACCUUGUGGUGUAAAAAUAAUUGUUAUGUGAUACUGUUAUGCAGUCCGGUAAUAAUGUAGAUCGGGGAACCGUUACUUUGAAA